AUGCCGGAUUACCUCGCUCAGCAAAUACGGAGACGUCCCUUUCGGGAUAUGAAAGGACUCCUUGAGGUUGUAGAGCGACAACUGGCGGUGAACCAACUUGGGGGGUCUGAGAAGCCUGCCCGUGGGGCCCGACAGGGAUGGGCUGCCAUCCCGAAGCCCCCCCGCCGUAGUGUCACUACUGAGCCACCAGUGAAGACACAAAACUGGGUGCUCACCCCACCGCGCUGUUUCAAGCGUGGCGAGAUGGGACACAUCCUUCCCACCUGUCCCCUCAACGCAGAACCUAUGGACUGCAGCUACGCAAGAGGAGAGAGGGGACUCCGAAACAGCUAUUGGUUGCGGUGUUGCCCUAGCCCCCCUUUCCGGUUAUAUUGGGACAAGACCAAAAAUAAAUGGGGUAAAACUAUCACCACUCCUAUACAUAAGCAGGGUCUGAUUAUAGACGGUCAGGGGACCCUCCAAACUGCUCCAACGCCAUGCUCAUCGGCAACCAUUGAUGUAGUAGGCGGCCCGGGAGGACGCCCUUUGGCAACAGACCCCGACCCGGAAGUACAGCCAGAUGAAGUUCCGGGGUUGGCGGGCACUGCUCCGGACCAUGCACCUGAUGUAUUAGCUGGCAUAUACUUUCAAUUUCGCAGUACGCCGGCAUCAUUUAAAAGGGAGCAGUUGAAUGACGAUUUCCUGAGGUUUGCCUGGAAUGCUAUUGUAUCCAUAGAUGACCUAGCAUCGCUAGAUUCCACACCACCGGGACCCUGCUUUGUCCUAGAAAAUGACUUGUUGUACCGAGUUGCGGAACACGAAGGUGAGGUACGGAAGUUGCUGUUAGUGCCGCGUACCUACCGGCGGGAAGUCUGCGAACUAGCGCAUGCCCACCUCUUAGACGCCCACCUCAGAGCCGAAAAGACACUGGAGCAGAUAAAACUCCAGUUUUAUUGGCCCGGGAUCAACGAGGAGCUCCGCCGUUUCUGUCAGUCUUGCCCAGUCUGUCAAUUACGCCAGAUUUCCCAGAGGGACCAAGCUCCUCUAGUCCCAAUUCCCCUUAUUGACGUUCCCUUUGAGAGAAUCGGAGUCGAUCUCGUAGGACCCAUAGAACCUUUGGUCCCUGGCCAUAAAUACAUAUUGGUCAUGGUGGAUUAUGCAACGCCGUACCCAAAAGCAGUUCCCCUGCGAGCUGCUAACACAAAAAAUAUCGCACAGGAAUUGGUAGGGCUAUUUUCCCGAGUGGGCAUACCCGAAGAAGUCCUUACGGACCAGGGUACGCCCUUUACUUCGGAUACGUUCAAGGAGGUGGCCAAGUUACUCCAUAUUAAGCAUCUCAAAACGUCCUUUUAUCACCCACAGAUGGACGGGCUGGUCGAAAGGUUUAACCAGACCCUUAAGCAGAUGCUCCACAAGGUAGUCAGCGUGGACGGGAGGAAUUGGGACCAACUACUGCCUUUAGUCCUUUUUGCUUAUCGGGAGGUGCCACAAGCCUCCUCAGGGUUUUCCCCGUUUGAACUUCUCUAUGGACUCCAACCCCGGGGUAUUUUGGAUUUACUAAAGGAAGGCUGGGAAGGGGAGUCACUUCCCUCUACAAACCUGUUGGAGUAUAUGACGCAAUUACGCGGUCGAUUACACAAAAUCUGGCUUAUACUAAAAGAGCACAUGUCUCAGGCUCAAACAGAGCAGGCCCGGAAUUCUAACCGGAAUUCCUCCCUGCGCGAAUUUCAGCUGGGAGAUCGCGUACUGAUGCUCGUGCCCACCUCCCACUCAAAACUGCUAGCCCAUUGGCAGGGCCCGUACGAGGUUAAGGAAAGAUAGGGGCUCGUCAACUAUUUAGUAAACCAGCCAAACUGUUGACUGAGCGAGAGGGUGUAUCACGUGAACUUACUAAAGCCGUGGAAGGCCAGGAAGGAACAACCUCUUUCUGAGCCCACCCUCUCCCUUUUCGCUGAAAAACUCACACUUAACCUCGGCCAUAAUUUGACGUCCCACCAACGACAGGAGCUCGAAGGAGCAAUCCUGAGUGUCCCAGAGGUGGUCAGUGAAGCACCAGGCCAGACCUCGCUGAUUCACCACGACAUGACCCAGGGAUGGUUGUCAGGGAACGACCCUACCGGCUCCCGGAGGCAAAACAGACAUGUUGGACAUGGGCACUAUCGAGGAAAGCCACAGCCCAUGGUCCAGACCCAUUGUUCUCGUGUCCAAGCCGAACGGCUCAUGGAGAUUUUGCAAUGACUUCCGACGUCUUGAUCAAGUCUCCAAGUUUGACGCCUAUCCCAUGCCCCGAGUCGAUGAGCUCCUCGAGAGGUUGGGAACAGCCCGGUAUUUGACUACUCUUGACAUGACCAAAGGGUACUGGCAAAUUCUCUUAACGGCAUCCGCUAAAGAAAAAAAUGCCUUAAGUAUCCCUAGCAGACACUGGCAAUAUAAGGUCCUCCCAUUUGGGCUGCACGAGAUGCCAGCGACUUUCCAGUGUUCCAGAUAUUUGGGCUACCUGGUAGGACGGGGAAUGGUGAAACCGCAGUGUUCAAAAAUAAGAGACAUCCUGGAAUGGCCCUGUCCGAUGUUCAAGAAACAGGUGCAGGCUUUCUUGGGGUUAGCAAGUUACUACCGCCGGUUUGUACCUUGUUUCUUGGAGAGAGCAGCACCUUUGAUAGACUUGACAAAGAAGAAGGGCCCCUUUACAUGUGGUAUGGAAUGAGUUAACGGAACGAGCAUUCAGUGACUUGAAAACGGCCCUUAUAUCGGCACCAUUUUGAGAACACCUAACUUUUCACUUCCUUUUCUCCUCCAGACCAAUGCUUCAGACACUGACCUCGGUGCCAUGUUGAGCCAAAGUAUUCAAACACCCCAAGAUUUACCUGUGCCGGAAACUGUUGGACCGGGAGACGAAGUAUGCGGUGGUGGAACGGGAAGCCCUGGCGAUCAAGUGGGCGGUAACUCACCUGCGGUACUACCUGCUGGGCCGGGAGUUCACCUUGGUGACGGUUCAUACCGCCCUCCAGUGGUUGGCCCUCCACAGGGAUUCAAAUCCUCGGGUGGUUUUUGGACCUGCAGCCGUAUAAGUUCACCAUCACUUAUCAUUGGGGCAACCUUCAGGCCAAUGCGGAUGCCCUCUCACGGGCUCACGGCCUCUCGGUUCGGGCCGCCUGACCAGGUGGGUCUAGGCUGGAUGUGGGGUCAUGUCACACACGAGCGCAUGCCAAAACGAGGAAUCGCUGCCGUAACAACUCCCGGACAAGCCAAAAAGCCGCCAUACUUCCAGGUUUCCUUCUACCCUCCAGUUCCCUAUGAUGACGUCAAUCAUCCAUCCUGCAUCACGAUUUUCCCAGCAUUCCACCUUCUAAUUUCCGGUCCCCCUGUAUAAAUUGUCCCUCUUCCCUGCAUAAUAUGUCUUAAGUUGACCUUGUAAAAUACGUGCAGACGUUACUCUAUUUUUGUUGCAGUAUACCCAAAAACCCCAAACCUUUAUGCUGGGUUGUGUUGUUUCUU